CUUCCUUAACCUUGUAAACUUCCUAUCUCACUAUCUCCAUCUUCGUCUCUAUCUCUCUCUCUCCUUCUCAUCUUCACUGCAAAUGUCUCAAGUCCUCAUAGAAUCUCCCAAACACUGUGCCAAAAAAGGAAGAAUUACCAUAGACAAUAAGCUCUACAAGAAGCUACUCUUCGUCUUCUCUGCAUCUUUCACAACCAUCCUCUCGCUGAUACUCAUCAUUUGGCUUAUCUUACGCCCCACCAAGCCAGAAUUCUCCCUCAAAGAAGCUGACGUCUAUCAGCUCAACAUUUCAGGCCCUAACCUUCUGAAUUCCUCCAUCCAACUCACCUUGCUUUCCAAGAACCCUAAUGAUAAAGUAGGCAUUUAUUACGACGAGUUACAAGCCUACGCCGCCUAUAAGGGCCAGCAGAUAACUGUGGACACCACCCUCCCUCCGUUCUAUCAAGGACAUCAAGACAGCAACCUCUUGACUGCAUCUUUGAUCGGAAGUGGUCUGCCAGUGGCUUCGUCCUUCGGGUACGAAGUGGGACGAGACCAGACAGUUGGGAAGCUAGUUCUUAGUUUAAAGGUGAAUGGAAGGAUCAGGUGGAAGGUUGGGAUCUGGGUUUCAGGUCGAUACAGGAUUAAUGUUAAUUGCAUUGCUGUUGUGGCUUUUGGGCCUAAUCUCCCUACCGGACCUCUGAGUUCAAAGCAAGCGGCUCAGUGUUCAACCACCGUUUGAAUAUUUCAUUCAUAAUCUUACUAACAAUACUAAGCAGCCUGCAGCCUGCACCCCGUGAGUUGUUUGUGUGCUUGCUAUGUUAUAUCUCGGGCUUGUUUGUUGUUUAUAAGUGUUCUUGCUGUUUUCUAUAAAUGCUGUAAAAAUCUAAUUAGAGCAAGAUGAUAAAGACACAAUGUAUAAAUUAUAGCUAGUGCUUAUGAAAAAGAAAAGAAAAAAAAAAGAACUUAAAUCUUUUUUGGCGAGUAUAAA